UUAACUUUCGCUCUGAUAGGCUAGGUGUACAAAUAUUCACUUUUACUUAAAUAAUCCUCUCAGAUCUCCAGAAGUGCCGAGGGUGUAAGAGUUUAGGGGUCAAAUAUUUGUUGACCAGGCAUCUCCAGCAACAGCCUCACAAAAUAUUCCAUUCAGGUGCACUACAGGAGCGAUUUUACCAACGCUGUGAACCGACCAAUCGGUGACUUGGAGCAGUGAAGUGUUCUCUGGGCAUGCCUGUGUGCAGAACACUACCGAGUUCGUUUCUAUUAACGCGGUUCUGCUUCUGUUUUUAGCAUUUUGACUUAGUGGACUGAAGAAGAAAUUCGAAGCUGAAAAAGUCAUAGAAAUUUGAUGAACACAACGAAUAUCGAUUUGUUAAUAGAAUUUUACAAUAAGUUGUUUUAAAAAAAAAAGAUGACGUGUACAUGGACGGAGAGGAAAUGCCUCUGUUGAAACAGGUGCAUCUGUUUUGCAUCACGCAGGUGCGAUGAAAAAGUGAUAUAUUUUAAGUGCAUGCCCUGUAUCAAGACAGUCAUACAGUGAGUUCACUUGGCUGGCAGCCAUGAAGAGGAACAAGCAGAUAGACAUUAAGGGUACUGUGGCCAUCGCUAGUACUUUCCACUUCCUGUAUUCUUGUGCCAGAUCCUGCAUCUUCCCCUUCCUCACACUGUACUUCAGACACCUGGGCCUCACUCCUUCCAUGACAGGCCUUCUAAUGGGCACCAAGCAUCUCAUCUCCCUAGUUUGGAGCCCGCUGGCCAGCUUUCUAUCCAAGCAGAAAAACAAGAGACGUGCAGCAAUAACAGGGUCACUAAUCUGUUCAGCAGGGGCAGCCCUUGUCCUGCUGCUCAUUCCGUCUACAGGUGUGGAGACACAAACAAGUCAUUGCAACAUCUCCCACUCCAGUGUGAGUCUGACUGAAGGCCUGAGUGAAUAUGAGCAUGCUCUUGGUAGUGUAAUGCCUACCACCUCUGUCCGCGCCACUACUGUGUCUGUUGCACAAAUGUCUUCACUUUCAGAAAUAACCCCUGAGUCUGCUGCCGUUUUAGUCAACCAAUCCAUAACGUACACUCUCAAGCAGCAACCUCCUAACAAAGACAUUUCUGAAUGGUCUCAUAUGAAUGCAUCUUUGGCUAGGAGCAGUGAAGGAGGGGUGAACAAUGGUUCCCAACACAGUGGCUCUGACAUUUCGCACCCGAUCAGAAUGGUAAGGUCGUUGAAGUCAGGAGAAGAGGAGAAGCAGCAACGGAGGGAGAAGGACCAGGCUCACUCUGAGUUCCUGGGUGGCCUCAAAGUCAUGGACGUCCAGCACCAGCUCUUCUUUAUGCUCCUAAUCCUGGUGUCUCUAUGGGAGCUCUUCGAUGCCCCGCUGGAAUGGACAGUUGACGACGGACUCUACGAGUAUCUUGAUUUUGUGGACGCGUCAGAUCGUUAUGGCAGCACAGGGGUGUGGGGGCUGCUGGGAGCUGCGUGUGGGGUCGGUGGUGCAGGGCUGCUGGUGGGCCACCUGGACUGCUUCAUUGCCUCACAUACUCCCCGGAGCAAUGUCCAUUUCUACUCCUAUGCAGUGUUGACAAUCCUGGCCUUGCCUGUGGCAGCCUUCCUGCCCCUCUACCUGAACAAGAAGCGUGAUCGCUCCACAGGGCUCAUCAAAGCCUUACACCUUGUGCAAGGGAAUCCCCGGGCCCUGCUGUGUGCUGCCACUGCCUUCCUAGUGGGGGUGGCGGGGUCUGCAGUAGAUGACUUCCUGCUGUGGCAGAUGCAGGACAACAUGAGCAGUGAGGUGCACAUGGGCAUCUCUUUGGCCUUGGCACUACUCUCCCGGGCUGCGUUCCCUCUGCUGAGUGGCCACGUGUCGAAGCUUCUGAGCCCUGGCAGGGUCCUUCUAGGGGGGACAGCCUGGUUGGCCCUGCAGUGCCUCUACUACUCCUUCCUGUGGGGCCCCUGGGCCGCGCUACCUGCCCAGGUGCUCAGCUGCUUCAGCAUGGGUGCAUACUGGUGGGCUGUGCAGGUGCAGUGUGAGGAUGUGGCCACGCCAGGCACAGAGAGAAGUGUGAGCAGGAUUUACCAGAGCCUCUCUAUGGACCUUGGAGCAGGACUGGGGAGCCUGGCGGGGGGGUUUAUUGUCCACAGGUUUGGGGUGUCUGUGCUGUUCAGAGGGGUUGCGGUGUUGCUGCUUCUGUGGUGCAUGUUUCUGCCCCUGCUUCAGUUGAAAGCCCCACGCCAGCGCAGGAUCAACUACUCCCGUCUGCUCGCAGCUGACACUAGUGAAGGGAGCGAAUCAGAGUCGGACCAGGAGAGAGACUGGCUGGAGAAAGCCAUGGAUGAUGAAAAGGGCAAUAACAACACUGGAAGGAGAAUAAAUCCUUAAACCUACAGUACAAUCUACAACACAGUAAGAGCCAG